AUGGAGCCGCCGACCAGGGUGUGUGCGGAAUCCACACUGGGGCCUCCCUCUGACUCUCACCGCCGAAACGCGGAGGGGCGUCUGCGAGCUUCUUCGUGGUCGGUCUCGCCCUCGCUUCUUUCUGCGUCAUGUCUUCCUUCGCUCUGCCAGGGUGCGUUAUCCGCGGCGGGUUCGUCUGACUCGCUUGGCGCUUCUCAGAGGGAUUGCCGCGCGAUGCCGUCUCCUUGUAAAUUCGCCUCUGCUUCCCCGCCAGUGUGUGGAUCUCUCUCGACGGGGGCUGUUCCGCGUGGAUGUUGCCGGCGUCCUCGCGGGUCUGGCACCUUUCUGUGUCUUGCCCUUCUCUUGGUAGCCCUCGGGUGCGAGCAGCUCCCAUCGCCUCGUCAGCCUCUUUUCUCCGCUCGCGCUGCGGAGCCCAGCACUCUGUCGUCGUCAGACAAAGAGCGCGAGCUGAAUCGCGUCCUCCAAGACCUCGAAAGGCUCCUGCGUCCAACGCCUCCUUCCGCGUCUUCACCCGCGUCUCCCGACCACCACGGGCGGGAGGCAACGCCACCGCCUUCUGUCGCAGACCUGCAUCUUCUGGAGGCUUUGUCGGCUUACCGCCUGGCGCAGCAGAGCGGCGGCUCACUCGCGCGGGAUCCCCAGGCCCUGGCGUCGCUUUUGCGCGAACUGCAAGGCGUGCAGGAGGCUCUGAAGCGGUCGCUACCUCCGCUGGGUUCGUCUGCCGUCCAGGGCAGUGGAGCUGGGGAGACGUACCGACCUCGCGAAAGUGCGGAAUCGAGCCUUGCCGGGUCUUCUUCCCACGAUUUCGCGUCCUUUCGGAGAAGCGAGGACGAGCGAGCGCGAAGAGAGGAGCGGAAGCCGGCGACCAGCCACUUGACUGUGGUGGUGACUACCGUCGUCUGCACAGUCAUCUCUCUCCUCGUCUUGUUCGUCAUCCUUCGCGUCCAGACGAACUCCAUGGUCCGAUCAGGAAAGGCGGAAACGGUGCGCGAAGGGAACAAGAGACUCCUCGCUCCAGGGCGUGGCCGCGCGCGCGCGGGGGACUGCUGCGAGGGCGACGCCGCGGCGCCUGAGAGAGUCCGCCACGUCUCUGGGGCGAGCGCCUACCGGCAGACAGAGGACGCCGCGCGCGAGCCGAGCUUCUCGAGCUCCUGCGGAUCGUCGCGUGACCACGCGCUGCGGAGAAGGCCGCUCAAAGACGGCGCGAGGCACAGCGCACGGAGGGAUGAACAGGACGAAGGCAGGGGGCUCAGCUCCCGCAGGGCGGUCCAGUGCGCCUACAGCAGCGCAGCGCGACAGUGGCGAGAGGGGAAGAGCCACGGGCGCCUUGAAGAGAUCGAUGAAGACGAAGAGGCGGCUUGCGUGCAUGGAAUGGAAGCCAGACGAGACUCGGUAGACUGCGGAAGAAACCGGAAUGUGUGCCCGCAAGAGAAGAGUCUGAUGGACGUCUCGUCGCCGUCUGGGUCGGAGUUCUCCGGAGACGAGGCGGAGGGCGCCCGAGUGAUCAACCACACAGCGCGCCAGGUCUUUGGACAGCGAGGCGACAGCUCAGAGUCUCUCGCCUCCUCAGCUUCCACGCGGCAGGUGCCGCAGCCUUCUCCGCAUGUCGCGGAGAAGCAGCAGCGCUACGAGGACCUCUGCAGCUCGCUCUUUCAGAGGCUGGGGGAGUUGCUUCAGGAGGAGGAUCUCGCGGCGCAGAACAAGGCAGAGGGCGACGGCGCGGAGGAGGCGGUGAAGGCGACGGGCUCCGACGCGAAGGGCGCAAGCGAGGUCGCGAACGGCAGCAAGAAAGAGAUCGAGGAGAUCCUCACGAAGCUGGCGCUGAUGCUGAAGGACAUCGAGCGAGACUUCAGCGGAUCGCGCCCGGGCUACAUCACCUGCAUGAUUCGGUGCUGCAACAGCCUUCUGCGGCUGGAUGGCUUGACCUUGCUGAGCCGGUGCUCUAAGGAGGAGGGCCUGCGGAAUAAAGCUCAGGAGGUGAUUGAGACAGUCGUCCCGUGCAUCUGGUCGUCUUGA